AUGGAUCUGUGGUUACUCGCAAUUAGUGCUACUGUUGGUACUGUUUUCAUCUUAACGAUGCGGUGGUUAACUCGAAGAAAAACGGUACUUUGCAAUUGUUUGUCCCCUGUCGGCCAACAUGCAGUCAUCACUGGUGCUAGUUCCGGUAUUGGUCGCGCAACUGCAUUUGAAUUGGCCAAAAGGAAUUGGAAACUUACGUUAGGUUGUAGAAAUAUGAACGCUGCCAUUAAGGUUAAAGAAGAAAUUACAUCUCUCACUGGUAAUCAUAACAUUUCUCUUAGACUUUUGGACUUGGAGAAUCCACAAACGAUUAAGGAGUUUGUACAAUUUUUAUCUUUACCUGUUCAUGUUUUGAUCAAUAACGCCGGUGCGUUUCCUAAGAUUCUUCGUCCUGCUAUAUAUUACCAAGAUAUCAAUGUUACUUUGGCUACUAAUUAUGUUGGACAUUUUUUCCUGACUUCACUGCUUUUACCUUACCUUCGAAAAUCAUAUCAUGAAACAUCUAUUUAUCCUCGUGUGAUUGUUGUAAGCUCCUCUUUAUCCAAAAAGGGAACGUUCUCGACAGAAAAUUUGUUUCAACCGUACAAUACUACAUCAGAUUUAAAUUCCAAUAAAGCUUAUUCUGAUUCUAAACUGGCUUGCAAUUUAUUUUCACGCGAACUUCAUCAGAGGUAUGGUUCAGGUGAUAAUAAAAUACUUGAUGUUUAUUGUUUAUUUACCGGAGGGAUGGUAAAUACUAAUUUAUUUCGAAAUACUUUGAUAAAAUACUCACCACUCACUCAGCGUUUCAUCCGUGGUUUAAUGCAACUACUCUUGAAAUCUCCUUCAGAGGGUUGCCAAACGAUUGUUCAUUGUGCAGUUAGUGAUCAAGUUCCUAUUCAUCAUAAUAAUUAUGCUCAAACUAUUUUAACUGAGACAUCUGGUAGCGGUAUGCUGUAUAACAAUUGUACACCUAUUGAUUGGCCUGCUAAUUCACUCGAUCUUCAUCUAGCUAGUCAACUUUGGGAUUAUACAACAGAUUUCUUAAAACUAUCAGUCAAUAAUAAUGCAUAAAUCAUUCACUUUUAUGUACAAUUACGUAUUUAUUUGUAUUAUAUACAAUGAACUCAGUGUAUUUUCAUAAAAUUCCAAUUAGCUAAUUAUCACUUAGCAUUCACGAUGAACAGAAGCAAACUACAAAAUGACAGCCGAACAAUUAAUAUUAUAAAUGUAACAAGUUUUUAGA